CUGUAUAAGCCAAGUCCUGAAAAAGGUCUUUACUAAAUUUUUGUUGGUCGAAGUCACCAAAUUUUCAUGUCCCAAAGUUGUGCGCCUUCUAUUGACUAUCUGCCGACGAAGAAAUAUUCACAUUUCAUGUCCCGUUCUGCCUGCGGGCAUGUUGGUAUCGGCGUAGAACUACGCCGACUGCGAUUUACCACGCCUUGAACAUAUCUACUUUGAAUUGACCUGAGGAAGGGAUCCUAAGAGUCAAGAAUCAAGACUUUCCCUCUGCACCGAAUGCUUCAUCCUACUUAUCCAGCAUCCUCGUGCGUCCUUGAAUAGCUGGCCAGUUAUCCACCAUUUCAAAUUUCGUUCGAACCCUCUCACAUAUCACCUCAACCCAGCCCACCAUGUCCCAAAAGCACGAUGUUAUAAUCUGCGGCUCAGGCUCAGCAGGUCUCUGCGCCGCAGUCUGGCUCGCCCGCCACGGCAUAAUCUGCAAGAUCCUGGAGAAGCGUCCCGGGCCCAUGAUAAUGGGCCAAGCAGACGGUGUCCAAUGUCGCACUGUCGAGAUCUUCGAAAGUCUCGGACUUUCUGAAAACCUUUUACGAGAAGCAUACCAUGUCCUUGAGGUUGCGUUCUGGUCUUCUGAUGAAAGUGGUAACUUGGUAAGGACAAGUAGUACGGCGGAUACGAUGCCUGGCUUGUCGCAUAUGCCGCAUGUGAUUCUGAAUCAGGCGAUUAUCAAUAGGUUCUUUUUGGAGGAUAUGAAGAGGUCGAAUGGUCAGGGGGUGGAUUAUGGGUAUUCAGUUAAGAGUGUUGAGGUUGAUUCGCAGAAAGCGGAGGAUGCGAAUGCGUAUCCUGUGAAAGUUGUUGCUACGAAAGAUGGUAAAGAUGAGAUUAUGGAAGCGAAAUAUGUUCUGGGAUGUGAUGGCGCUCAUAGUGAAGUCCGUCAUUCGCUUGGCUUCAAGAUGGUUGGUGAUAGCACAGAUACCGUUUGGGGAGUCAUGGAUAUCUACCCUCGAACAAAUUACCCAGACAUCAGGAAGAAAGCUAGCCUUCGAUCUAAAUAUGGAAAUUUGAUGAUCAUCCCAAGAGAAGGUGGAUCACUCGUCCGGUUCUACAUCCAGCUACCACCAGGAACUAUCGUCAAAGAAGUCAAAAUCGAUGAUCUCCACAGCAAAGCUCGCCAGAUCUUCCAACCAUACAGCAUGGACUUUGCGAAAACAGAAUGGUGGUCAGCGUAUGCCAUCGGUCAACGUCUCGCCGACCACUUCUCCAAAGACAACCGCAUAUUCCUCACCGGCGACGCAUGCCAUACGCAUUCCCCGAAAGCGGGACAGGGUAUGAAUGUCAGUUUACAGGAUGGGUUUAACAUCGGGUGGAAGUUGGCUGCUGUGCUACAAGCUCGAGCUCCACCCUCACUCCUGAAAACCUACAAUAUCGAACGCGAAAAAGUCGCCGCUGACCUCAUCUCCUUUGAUCGCUCCUGGUCCAAACUUUUCUCCUCGCAGAACGACGGCACGAACGGCCAUUCGGCGCAACACUUCAGCGAGCAGUUCAUCAGAGGCGGGAAAUACACUGCUGGUCUGACAGCUCGCUACGAUGACUCCAUCAUAACGUCUAGUGAGAAGAGUAAGAGUGAGUUGGCGAAAGGUUUGACGGUAGGGAUGAGAUUCCCGAGUGCGCAGGUCGUGAGGUUCUGUGAUGCGAAGGCAAUGCAACUUGUCAGGGCGUUGCCAGCGGAUGGGAGGUGGAGGAUUGUGAUUUUUGCGGGGAGUGUGGGAGAUGUCGAGGGGAUGGAGAGGUUGAAGAAGGUGUGUUUCUCUUCUGUUGAUGUUGUUAGAUGAUAGCUUACUGACUUUUCCAGCUUGCGAACUUCCUCUCUUCCGACAAGAGUCCUGUCCAUCGCUUCACAUGGCCAAACGCAGACAUAGAUAGCUUCAUCGAACCUAUCGUAGUCUUCCACGGCAAGAGAUUAGAAAUGGAGCAGGAGCAGAUCCCAGAGUAUUUCUGGCCUGUAACAGGCAAGUGGGGUAUGAGAGAUCUUCAUAAAACGUUUAUAGAUGACGACAGCUAUAACUCUGGGUAUGGGCACGCCUAUGAGAAAUAUGGUGUCGAUGUUAGGGAGGGUGCAGUGGUUGUUGUUCGGCCUGAUCAAUGUAUGCUUUCGCUUCCGGUUCAUUUAUCACAAACAUCCUGGACCUUCAUACUAACCCUUUCAUCCUAGAUAUCUCUCUCAUAACCUCACUCGAUGACCAUGAAGAUAUCAGUAAGUUCUUCGAAGGUUUCGCUCUACAGCCGUAGAUAAGUCAUUCGUUCCACCGGAUGGAUCAAAGAUCUCGAAAAGGAUAAAUUUGCACAGGGCAAAGGGAGAGAGAGUAGAUAGAACGAGCAGCCAAGUAACGAAUAUAUAAAAUAAAGGAGGGAAAAUUCGCCGAAAUCUACAAUAUCCACCACCAUCACGUAACCACGUCAACAAACACAUGUAAUACAAAAGCGCCGAACACUAGGCGCAAUUUGCUUGUGCUUAUGCAAGCUUAUGUGAGAUUCCGUAAGUACAUAUCUCCUUACGGCCGUUUUGCUUGGAGGGAACGGCGGACACGCUCGAUUUGGUCCUAUCUAGCAGGGUAUCUUUCAUGCUUAGGUGAGGAUUCUAGGUCUUACUGUGAGGCACAUUUGUUUAGAGUUGAGAUUAGUGAGAUAGAGUUUGAGGAAUUGAAAGCUGGGUUUGAGGGUUCACGAGCUGGGCUGGAUGUGAAAUCUUGUUGUGACGUAAAGGGAGUAAGUGGAUGUUGAGUGGGUGAGGGAUGGAGGAGCCGGUAAAUUUUUGUUAGUUGAGAUUUGAAGUGAGUA